GAAUUAUUUCGUUUUAAAGUAGUAAUUUAAAGCUUUCUAUAGAUAUAUUUAUCAUAUUUGUGACUCAAUUCGUUGAGUUUCAUCAUUGUGAAGCGCUCCUGUUCAAGACGAGACGGCAAGCCUAUCCUCUGUUUUCCUAUUUAUUUUAAUAAAAGCACAACGUUUUUUUUAUUUUGUGAAUGCACACAAAUAAAAGUAGACCCUUUACAGUUCCGAAUCAUGUAUUACUCUUACCUUUAUGAGCAAACAUUAUGGCGUAUUUUAAGUUCUUUUCACGUGAGUGUGAGAGUUAGUGUGUGCGUGAGAGAGAGAGAGAGAGAGAGAGCGAGAGAGAAAUAAAUUCAAAUGAACAAUCAAACUUGUUUCUUUAUUAAAAUAUAAAAUUCAUUCAUUUAUCAAUAUGCCAUAGCCUACCAUAUGUCUUUGUUAAAGAGCAUAAUAUAAAUUCUUUUAGCAUGAAAGCACGUAUUUUUCAAUGUGUGACAGCGUCCUGUAUCAUAACUAAAUCUCAGCAGUUUGUAACAAACCAAACCUUGUGAAAAUCCGGUAAAAAUUCGGGGAGUUAUGAUUAUUGUAGUUGGGGAUACACAUUCCUCAGUAGAAAUAAAUGCAGCAGGGGCGCAUUGGAGACCCAUCCAAGAUGGCGGCCGCGCUGUACGUCAGCUCCAAUAGGCAGCGUCAGUCUAUGAGGCGUCUACAUAUAUUAUGUCUAUGCGCAAAACAAGUAGACUUUAUAGGAAUACCUUAGCUUAUUGCCGUUACCAUGGCAGCCAACAACAGCACAGCUUAACCCUCCUCACAUAUUUAUAUUUAGUUAUAUUGAAAAAGUUUCAAUUCAGUCAAUCUUUUUUACCCCGUUUUAACAUGGAUUUCUAUGAAGACAGGCAGCAGUGGCUGCACAUAAUAUAAGCCUUCUGAUUGGUCAGAUCUCAUGUCAAUCAAGCUCUUUGCUAACGGUCAAUUCUCGCGUGUUUUCAUGACAAAAUGUGGUUUAGGGACCGAAUCGAGUCCUUGGGUGACAGAGUUGUUGUCAGCUCGUGUAGUGUGUAACCCCUGGUUGCAGAUCAUUUACACAGAGUCACGUAGUGUGAACACCACAACGACUUAAAAACAGACAAUCAAGUCAUGUAGUCUGAACAGCACAGCGAUCUCCCGACGUGUAAAGUCGUGUAGUGUGAACUAGGAAGCUGUUCGGUUUCAUUUGUUUUGCGCGAGUACUUCCUUUGGUAAUAACAGUGCAGCGAAGAAAAAAAAACUCUUUCCUCUUUGUAGCUGCAGACACUAAAACCUUAUCUAUGAUCUAAUCUCAAACCUACUUAUCAUAUCUAACAAAAAUAUUAAAAGCUGUGAUUUGUAAAUAAAUAUGGUAAAUGCACAGUUGUUCUAUUAUUAGUGUUUUUUAAUUUUAUAAUAAUUUAAUAAUAAAUCUAUAAUUCCGAAAUGUAUGUUUGAGCCUGUUUGAAACACAUUACAAUAAUGCCAUUUAUAUAUGUACAUUUAAAAGUUUUAUUGCAUUUUUAUGUCUGGGUUCUUUUCACCGUUACGUCACAUAUGUUUCGUGUUGGUAAGUUGGUAAGUAAGCUUGCAGUUAAAUGUGAGAUGGUUCUUUUUGAAGUGAUGUUAAAAACUAGGCUGUCAGACAGGAAACCACAGCAAUCACAUGAGACCUGUGCUUCAGAGUGGUGACAGAGACUACACACACUAGAGGAACAUAGCAUUCAAAGAGAGAAAUGAGAGGCUUGCACUGUUUUGUUCUUUGGAUAUUUCCAAUUUUUUCUUCCACAAUAGCUAAUAAAAACCGUGUGCGUUGUUAUAUGGUUCCAAAAGAAUGUCAGAAAAAAGUGCCCCCAGAAAAUAAUAUUCCAUCGUGUAUUGAAGCUGGAAUGAGAAAUUGUACAUUUGGUUCCCCUAGGAGUCCAAUAUCAGAAUAUUUCUCUAAACCAAUUUUCUCAGAGGAAACAGUCGAUACAGAUAGAGGAUAUGUAAUCCACAUCUCAGAUGAAGCAUUACAGAGGAGCAAUAGUGGACAGGGGAAUGCAGAUUUGAUUGUAUCUCUUCUCAAUGAGACUUUCUUCAGGGUCAGCAGCAGUUUAAACAUCAAGAAGGGGAAUAACUCAAGUAAGUCAGGCACAAUAUUACAUGGGCAAACUGUGUUGGGAGUUUGGCUCGGUCAGAAUGAAGUUCAGAACCUUUCUCAGCCUGUUCAGCUCAGAUUCAUAAACACCAAUCAGAGUGAAAAUGGGACCUGUGUCUACUGGCAUCUUGAAAAAAAUGGCAAAGGUAACUGGAGCACAGACGGCUGUAACACUACCAUCGACAACGGAGACUUUGUAUGCAGUUGUAAUCAUCUGAGCUUUUUUGCAGUGCUCAUUAAUCCUGAAAUUCCUGAAGUGUCCCAUAUUGUCCCUCUCAACUACAUUUCAUACAUUGGCUCUGCCCUGUCAAUAGCAUUUACAGCGCUAAUGAUUGUUAUUUUUUUGUGCCAGAGGAAGAAGCAAUGUGAACAUUCAGUCAUCAUUCAUGUGCAGCUCUCAGGCUCCCUUUUCUUGUUGCACAUCUCGUUCUUGUGCAGCGUGUGGUUUUCUGGGCACAGAGACAAUGAUUCAGUGUGUCAAGCACUAGGACUUCUCCUACACUGGUGCCUUUUAGCCACCUUCACUUGGACAGCCAUCGAGGGCUUUCACCUGUACCUGCUGCUGGUGCGGGUCUUCAAUAUCUACAUCAAGAAAUACUUGCUUAAACUAAGUCUUGUGGGAUGGGGUGUACCCACCAUUACAGUGAUAAUAUGUGGUGUGACUAAAGUGUAUGGCAAAUAUACCUUUUACACGGGUGAAGAAAACUCAACAAUCACACCUCUAUGCUGGAUAAACACACAGAUAGUGAGCUACAUUACUGUCAACGGUUAUCUCGGGAUGGUGAUGCUCUUUAACAUGGUUAUACUGGGGGUGGUGGUGGUUAAGAUGCACAAAUUAAGAUCACAAACUCUUCAGAUUAAAGACCGGCGGAGGAGGGUAUGGAAAGAAUGGGUGUCUCUACUCGGGCUCAGCUGUGUCCUGGGAGUGCCCUGGGCACUGGCUUUCUCCACCCAUGGCCCCUUGAGUCUCCCUGCGCUCUAUGUUUUCAACAUUCUCAACAGCUUACAGGGUCUCUUUAUUUUCUUGUGGUUUUUUACUCUCACGUGUCAUGCACAGAAAGAGGAACACAACUCAUCAAAAGGCACCAUUCAGGUCAGCUUCAACAGUAAUGACGAACUUGUGACUACAAGAUAAACAACAGCUGUUCGGUCACAUCACACAGUGGAGUUUAAAGGUGGACCCUCCAUUCUACACCAAAUCUUCACUCUAGUUCUUUUUUAUUGUUAUUUUACUCAUUUGGAGCUUUGUGAUUUUCAAACCGGGGUCUGCAGUGCCCCAGGGGACUGCAAGGGGGCGCUAAAGGGAAUCGGCAUACAGUAUUAUGGGAAUAUUUAUUUCUAAAUGUGUUGACAUGUCCUUUUUAAUUAUAUUCCAGAAUAGUUUGUUGUGUUUUACAUCUUUUCAUUGCCUCUAUCAACUUCCUACUGACAGUUAAGACACUGCUCUGCAUGUUAAGAAAAAUGCUAUAAAAUAAAUCCAAAAUUGUUCUAAUAUUGGGUGGAAAACAAUUUAGGAAACAAUUUGUUUUGUGCUUUUUUUAUCACAUGCAGUAAAGGGAGCUUUAUACAAUAAAAUAUAUUGCUUUA